AUUUUCUCAUCAUCGUUCCUUUUCAACUCAAAAUGACCAUAAAAGCAAACACCAAAUUCUUGGUUUGUCUUUUGUUUCUUCCUCUGACUCUGAUUCUCAGAGUCGAAGCUUACUGUAACUCUGGUUGCAAGCUUGCUUUAGCUUCGUACUACGUCUGGGAAGGCGCAAAUCUCACAUACAUAAGCCAAAUCUUCGGCCAGCAAAUUUCUGAGAUUCUUAAAUACAAUCCAACAAUUCCCAAUCCGGAUUAUGUUCGGAGCGCAACCCGAAUCAACGUGCCGUUCACGUGCGAUUGCUUGAACGGCGUCUUCUUAGGUCACACUUUCACUUACAAAACCCAGCCUGGGGAUACGUACCGUAAAAUUGCUGAGCAAGAUUUUUCUAGCCUGACGACCGAGGAUUGGUUGGAGAGGGUGAACAUGUAUGAAGCUACAGAAAUACCGGUGGACGUUGGGAUUAACGUCACCGUCAAUUGCUCGUGCGGCGAUAGGCACGUGUCGAGGGAUUAUGGAUUGUUUCUGACGUACCCACUCCGGAGUGGCGACAACUUGCCGGAUCUAGCAGCGGCUACCGGUGUGCCGGCGGGGAUUAUACUGGGGUAUAAUCCCGCAUCCGAUUUCAACGCGGGGAGUGGACUAGUGUUUGUGCCGGCCAAAGAUGACAAGGGAAGCUUUUUACCUCUACAAAUGAAGGGAGCCAUUGCUGGAAUAUGUAUUGGAGCAGUUUUUGGGGUUUUACUAUUGGCACUUGUCCUGUACUUUGUUCUAUAUAGAAGCAAGAAAGUGGAAGAAGCAUCCCUUCUUCCUGCACUAUCUCAAGAUCAGUAUCUUCAUAUUGGACAAGUUUCAGGAAGCAGCUUGGGGAAGGCUUCAGAAUCUGUUGAUGUGGCUUCUCCAAGGUUGACAGGAAUCACAGUGGACAAGUCAGUAGAGUUCUCAUAUGAGGAGCUUGCCAAAGCUACCAAUGGUUUUUCUAUUUCUAAUAAGAUUGGUCAAGGUGGCUUUGGAUCUGUUUACUAUGCAGAGCUUCGAAAUGAGAAAGCUGCAAUUAAGAAGAUGGAUAUGCAAGCUUCAAAAGAAUUCCUUGCUGAACUCAAGGUUCUGACACAUGUUCAUCACUUGAACUUGGUACGCUUAAUAGGAUAUUGUGUUGAGAGCUCUUUAUUUUUGGUUUAUGAGUACAUUGAGAAUGGAAAUUUAGGUCAACAUUUACGUGGGUCAGGAAGAGAACCACUUUCAUGGUCAACUAGAGUUCAAAUUGCCCUGGAUGCAGCAAGAGGACUUGAAUACAUCCACGAGCAUACAGUUCCUGUCUACAUUCAUCGAGACAUUAAAUCAGCAAAUAUUUUGAUUGAUAAGAACUUUCGUGCAAAGGUUGCAGAUUUUGGUCUGACAAGACUUACUGAAUAUGGUAGUUCUUCAUUUCACACACGACUUGUUGGUACAUUUGGCUAUAUGCCUCCAGAAUAUGCGCAAUACGGCGACGUUUCGGCGAAAAUAGACGUAUAUGCUUUUGGAGUCGUGUUAUAUGAACUCAUAUCUGCCAAGGAAGCUGUUGUGAAGACAAACGACCUUGUGAACGAAUCAAAAGGACUAGUUGCCUUGUUUGACGAGGUUUUAGCGCAGCCAAAAGAGGAAGAACAGCUUCGUCAACUUGUUGAUCCCAGCCUUGGUGCUAACUACCCCUUUGAAUCAAUAUGCAAGAUGGCUCAGCUGGCGAAAGCUUGCACACAUGAGAAUGCUCAACUAAGGCCAAGUAUGAGAUCAAUUGUGGUUGCACUGAUGACACUUUCUUCUUCAACUGAGGAGUGGGAUGUUGGCUCCUUUUAUGAAACCCAAGCUAUGAUGCAUUUCAUGGCGGGAAGAUAGCUUCUUCUUCAUUCUAAUCUAUC